CCAGUCUAUACGAUACUUUUUGGUAGUUUAUCACCUUGAGAUCGAUUUUGCGACGAAUUGUGGGUAAAAUACAAAACACCCACCGAAUAAAUUUGUGUUAAGUUAUUCUGUUUUCUUGCUAAAUGAUGAUGUGAUGUUAUAGGCCGACAUUGAAAGAGAACCAGCUUGAGAUAGCAGGAUGAUUGGUGGAUUGUUUAUCUACAACCACAAAGGGGAGGUGUUAAUCUCCCGUGUGUACAGAGAUGAUAUCGGGAGAAAUGCAGUGGAUGCAUUCCGUGUGAAUGUUAUACAUGCGCGGCAACAAGUUAGGUCACCAGUAACAAACAUUGCUAGAACAAGUUUUUUCCAUAUAAAGAGGUCUAACAUCUGGUUGGCCGCUGUCACAAAGCAGAAUGUCAAUGCUGCGAUGGUGUUUGAGUUUUUACACAAGAUGACUGAUGUAAUGGCCGCCUACUUUGGCAAGGUUACGGAAGAAAACAUCAAGAACAACUUUGUCCUUAUUUAUGAAAUACUAGAUGAAAUUUUGGAUUUUGGCUACCCACAAAAUACAGAUACAGGAAUCUUAAAGACAUUUAUUACUCAACAAGGAGUGAAGACACAGUCAAAAGAAGAAACCAGUCAGAUUACGUCUCAAGUCACAGGUCAGAUCGGUUGGCGCCGGGAGGGCAUCAAAUACCGUAGAAACGAGCUUUUCCUCGAUGUCCUGGAGUCGGUCAAUCUACUAAUGUCACCGCAGGGUCAAGUUUUGUCUGCCCACGUCGCUGGACGUAUCAUAAUGAAGAGUUACUUAUCCGGCAUGCCAGAAUGUAAAUUCGGCAUAAAUGACAAGGUGUUAAUGGAAAGCAAGGGAGGCAAAUCUGGGCAAGAUGAUGGGCGUGGGUAUGUGAAGAGCACUUCCGGGACAUCAUCAUCUGGAAAAACAUCUAUUGCUAUUGAUGACUGUCAGUUCCACCAGUGUGUCAAAUUGAGCAAGUUUGAAACAGAGCAUAGCAUCAGUUUUAUUCCACCAGAUGGCGAAUUUGAAUUAAUGAGGUAUAGGACAACCAAGGACAUUAGUCUGCCAUUUAGAAUUAUUCCCCUUGUACGAGAGGUGGGCAGACAGAAGAUGGAGGUCAAGGUUGUAGUAAAGUCAAACUUCAAACCAUCUCUUCUUGCACAGAAAGUAGAGGUCCGAAUCCCAACUCCAUUGAACACAAGUGGUGUACAGGUGAUAUGUAUGAAAGGCAAAGCUAAAUACAAGGCUAGUGAAAAUGCCAUCGUCUGGAAGAUCAAGAGAAUGGGUGGGAUGAAGGAAUGCCAGCUUAGUGCAGAGAUCGAGUUACUUAAUACCAAUGAUAAAAGAAAAUGGACCAGGCCACCUAUAUCUAUGAACUUUGAGGUUCCAUUCGCACCUUCGGGCUUCAAAGUUCGCUAUUUGAAAGUAUUUGAACCCAAACUGAACUAUAGUGAUCAUGAUGUGAUAAAGUGGGUCAGAUAUAUAGGACGUAGUGGUCUCUACGAGACAAGAUGUUAGCCG